AAGAGACCAGUGUAUUCACUGUCAGUAAACAUUGGCAAUCAAAAGCAGGCAAGAUCUUUCUUCCAAGAGACAGACUUCAUGCACUUCUUUCUGGGGCUCACUGCGCUCUGCGCAUCCCAUCUUGGGCUAGUGCUACUUCUCGUCAGCUUUUGUUUUUCUGCCUUUGUUGUAUCCCGUACCAUUUACAAUGUUUACUUCCACCCUCUAAGCCGCUAUCCUGGACCUCGACUCUGGGCAGCUUCUCGAUUGCCUUGGAACGUUGUCAACCUACAAGGCAACCUCGCUUGGAAAAUCCGUGAGCUCCACGAAAAGCAUGGACCAGUUGUCAGAAUUGCACCUGAUGAGCUAUCCUACACGACUCCUACGGCCUGGAAGAAGAUCUAUGGUCAAAGAUCACCAGAGUUUACGAAAUGUUUUGACGGACGGGGAAUCGCUGGACCUAGUGUAACUAACCCAGCUGUUCGGAAUGGCGGCAUCGUGACAGCCGACCAGGAACCCCACUCUCGACUUCGAAAGGCAGUCUUGCCGGCCUUCAGCGACCGGGCACUGAGAGAGCAGGAAGACAUCCUUCAGCUUUAUGCCGAGAAAUUGAUGAAACAGCUGCGAUCCUCCAGCGAAACCGGAAUUCCCCAGGACAUGGUCAAAUGGUUUAGUCUUGCUGCCUUUGACAUCAUUAGUGACCUGGCGUUUGGCCAGGCGGCUGGAUGCCUAGACGACGCAUCUCAACCUUGGUUGCAAGUCAUUGGUGAUCGAGCGCAAGGAAUUGUUCGAUAUCAAUUUGCCAUCUAUUAUGGGCUUGAGGCCUGGUUAGAGUGGCUCGCCCCGAAGGCCCAGAAACUGGCACUCAAGAGACACGGAGAGUUGACUGCAGGGAAGGUAAAACGCCGACUCCAAGAAACCGGUAGCAAAAAGGAUUCAAUGAGCUACAUCUUGGAGAACCCGCAAGCCGACCUCAGCAAUGCCGAUUUGGUCAGGAUGGCGUCUGCUUUCAUCGUAGCAGGCAGCGGCACUACGGCUACUGCACUUUCUGGCAUCACCUUUUACUUGUGCAACAACCUGAAGACGUACGUCGCGCUAUCGGAUGAGAUCAGAACUACAUUUCAGACCGAAGAUGAAAUAUCAAUGGCAUCAACAGGGGAGUUGAGAUAUCUCAAGGCAGUCAUCGAAGAAGGGCUGAGGAUCUAUCCCCCAAGCCCGAGUACUCUGCCAAGGUUUGUGCCUGGAGCGGGUGAAGAGAUUGAUGGGAGAUGGGUGCCCGGAGGCACGGCGGUCGGCGUUCAUCAGCUUUCCGCUGGUCACUCAGAGCAAAAUUGGACUGACCCUAGGGAAUUCAUCCCAGAACGUUGGAUAGAAAACAGCAAUGACUUUCCUUUUACCAACGACGAUAAGUCUGCGAGUCAGCCGUUUUCUUAUGGCCCUAGAAACUGUAUAGGGAAGAGCAUGGCCUAUGCAGAAUUACGCAUCAUCUUGGCCAAGUUAGUUUGGAACUUCGAUCUUGAGUUGAUGGACCAGUCAAAGCAAUGGACGUCGAGACAAAGGAUAUACCUCGUCUGGCAGAAGGUGCCUUUACUGAUCCGUUGCAAGGACAGACACAAACAGUCACUGUGCGUAACUUGAAUCAAGAUACAUGUAAAUAGAAGGGCGAAAGGAGCGAAAUGUUUGCCAGUCACUGAUUCGUAUUGUGUGCUGUCAGCGAUUGAUCUAUGAGCAGUCUCAUCCUCGUGAAGAAUUUAAACCACAUCGUCCCACCCC